CUAAACGAAGGGCGGUCGGUCGGUCGGUCGGAGGUUCUAACUGCUGGCAGCUGCGAGUGUGCGUGGGUUGCCCAAGACCGGUACGUGAAGACGAUGAUGAUACUCCUGUUCCUGCUCUUCCUCGGCAUCUCCGCUUUGCUCUUCAAGUUCAUCACCGCCGAUGGGGACUUCACGUUAAUGUCGAAGAAGCACGUCAAGCGCGACGAGAUCGAAGAUAAGGUUGUCUGGAUCACUGGAGCUAGUCGUGGAAUUGGGGAGAUUCUCGCGAAGCAACUAGCGAAUUUGGGGGCGAAGCUCAUACUCUCUGCUCGGAACGAAGCUGAAUUGGAGCGCGUCAAGGCUCAACUCACAGGCAAACAUGCGCCCAAUGAAGUGCAAAUCUUGCCGCUCGAUUUGGCGUCCGGAGAGGAUUCUCUUCGGCAGGCUGUGGAGAAGGCUGAAUCUUUCUUCGCUCGCUCUGGUGUUGACAUCAUGAUCCACAAUGCGGCCUUCGAGCGCCCAAAAUCAACAGCUUUGGAUGUGACGGAAGAAAGCCUUCAGGCAACGUUCGAUGUUAAUGUCUUUGGGACUCUAUCUUUGACUCGGCUUUUGGCACCUUUCAUGCUCAGACGUGGUAGGGGUCAGUUUGUUGUGAUGAGUAGUGCAGCUGGGAAAGCACCUGCACCUGGUCAAGCUGUGUAUUCUGCAUCCAAGUUUGCAUUGAAUGGUUACUUCCAUACUUUGCGUUCUGAGCUCUGCCAGAAAGGAAUCAAGGUGACUGUUGUUUGUCCUGGACCGAUAGAGACAUCCAAUGGAUCUGGAGCAACAACAUCAACGAAAAGAAGCUCCUCAGAGAAGCGUGUGUCAUCUGAAAGAUGUGCUGAAUUGACGAUAAUUGCAGCCUCUCAUGGCUUAAAGGAAGCUUGGAUCUCAUACCAGCCUGUACUUGCUGUGAUGUAUUUGGUGCAGUACAUGCCAACAAUGGGCUAUUUUCUCAUGGACAAGAUUGGCGGGAAUCGACUAGAAGCAGCUGCUAAAAAAGGCAACACCUAUUCUUUGGGGUUGAUUUUUGGGAAAAGAAAGGCAACAUGAAUCCAUCAACUGGCACAGUUCAUUUGUCGCGGUACUGUACACAUUUCGAGUACUCCUCCCUACGGGCCAAGAGUUGCAUUCUGACAGAUUAAUAAUGCUCGCAUGAGCUGACUAUGAAAGCAGGCACCUGAAAUUAUAAUCACUUUGACCAAUUUGUAAUAUGUCAAUUUUUUCUAUGCAAAUUCGGUGACCGUGAUUUUUCAGGUGU